ACAGGAAGCAGUGGUCAGUCAGAGACUGCGAGACUGAAGAAAAAGAGGCAAGGAGGUGGGGUGUCUUUGUAGAUUUUUUAUUUUUUUUUAACUUGUGAUUGCAAAAGGUUACACAUAUCGAAAUCAAAGCUUUCGGAGUGGAAACAAAAGGGCAAUUUCAUAUUGAACGCGGUCAAUUAUCAGCCCUGGACGUUUUUCAAAACAUUUGUCUGAUAAAAGGGCGUGUUUUUUUCGUGUCUAUUUUCUUGUUUUUUUUUUUUUUAUUUUUUACACGUACAUGUUUAUUUUUUUUAGAGAUUUACAAUUUUACUUUUGUACUGAAAAAAUAACGGUCUGAGGAUGGGGUGCACCCUAAGCACGGAGGAUAAGGAGGCUCAGGAACGCAGUAAAAUGAUCGACAAGAACCUACGAGAAGACGGAGAGAAAUCGGCCAGAGAGGUCAAGUUGCUCCUUCUCGGUGCUGGGGAGUCAGGAAAAAGUACAAUUGUGAAACAGAUGAAAAUUAUUCAUGAAGCUGGUUAUUCAGAAGAGGAAUGCAAACAAUUCAAAGCUGUUGUUUACAGCAACACCAUUCAGUCCAUAAUGGCUAUCGUCAGGGCUAUGGGGAGAUUGAAGAUAGACUUUGGUGAAUCUGCAAGAGCAGAUGAUGCUCGUCAAUUGUUUGUGCUAGCUGGCUCUGCAGAUGAAGGAAUCAUGACAGAAGAACUAGCAGGUGUUAUCAUGAGAUUGUGGAAGGAUCCUGGUGUUCAAGCCUGUUUCAGCAGAUCAAGAGAAUACCAGCUAAAUGACUCUGCCGCUUAUUACCUGAAUGAUAUGGACAGGGUAGCACACCCCAGUUACAUCCCUACUCAACAGGAUGUUCUCCGAUCCAGAGUUAAAACAACUGGAAUUGUAGAGACACAUUUCACAUUUAAAGACCUCCAUUUCAAAAUGUUUGAUGUGGGUGGUCAGAGGUCUGAACGAAAGAAGUGGAUUCACUGUUUUGAGGGCGUCACAUCAAUCAUAUUCUGUGUUGCACUCAGUGACUAUGACCUAGUUCUAGCUGAAGAUGAAGAAGUGAACCGAAUGCAUGAAAGCAUGAAAUUGUUUGACAGCAUCUGCAACAACAAGUGGUUCACAGAGACAUCUAUUAUCCUUUUUCUAAACAAGAAGGAUUUGUUUGAAGAGAAGAUUAAAACGAGCCCUAUUACAAUUUGCUUUCCUGAAUAUGCAGGAUCCAAUACUUAUGAAGAAACAGCAGCUUAUGUUCAAUGCCAGUUUGAAGACCUGAACAAGCGAAAAGACACCAAGGAGAUUUACACUCACUUCACUCAAGCCACAGACACCAAGAAUGUGCAGUUUGUGUUUGAUGCUGUUACUGAUGUGAUCAUAAAGAAUAACUUAAAGGACUGUGGUCUCUUUUAAAGCACUGCAGUUCUUGAUUAGACGAAAAUAUUUGCCAGACUUAACAGAUGUUGUUUUUU